AUGUUCAAUCUCGACAACAAGUACCAGGGGACAUGUUCAAUCUCGACAACAAGUACCUACCAGGGAACAUGUUCAAUCUCUCCUCCUGCCUGCAACAAUAUAUUCCGUCCCCUCUUCUCCCUCCCUCUUGUUCUCCCUUCAGCCUCACAGGCAGCGGCCGCUGACUCUGCUCCAGCUGACUCCAGCAAGGGUUGGGGUGCAAACGAGGAGACAUCGGAAGAGGGUGAAGCGGAGGGGAAGGUGGAGAGUGAUGCCAGUGGUCGGUGCUCCCUGUGCCUUGCUGCUCGCUCCCACCCCACCUGCUGCCCCUGCGGUCACAUCUUCUGCUGGUAUGCCUGUUGCUCUAUUCCUUUUCUUCCACCUUCCCAACUUGUUUCCACUCUUCCCUCCACCACCCCACCUGCUGCCCCUGCGGUCACAUCUUCUGCUGGUAUGCCUGUUGCUCUAUUCCUUUUCUUCCACCUUCCCAUCUUGUUUUCCACUCUUCCCUCCACCACCCCACCUGCUGUCCCCGCGGCCACAUCUUCUGCUGGUAUGCCUGUUGCUCUACUCCCCACCCACCCGGCUUGCUGCCCUAAUGGCCAUCCCUCCCUUCUGCUAGUACAACGAAUGCUCAUCAUCCAGAGUGGUGCAACGAGAAGCCCGAGUGCCCUCUCCUCCACCCUCCCUUUCCUCGCCCUCGUCUCAUGA